AUGCUGUUUCAACGGCAAGAGGCAUCAGAUUCGGGCUCCACAACGAUACGCGUUGUUCUAUUCUCGGUGCUGCUUGACAUCAGCUGCUACGCGUGGAAGAUAUUAACAGCUGCCGGUAUGAUCUCAGAUUAUGUUUCCGCCUCGUGGAAUGCAAGACUAUUUUUCCCGCUGACGGAAGGAUUCCUGAUUCUGCCCACCGCGAUUGUGAUUUCGGUGUGGAUGGACGUGGCAAACUCGUCCUUGUCACGGUUGAAGGCGAUGACGGUGCAGCUUUGUGCGGUCGGGCUGGGCCUGACCGCUUGCGGAUCUGGAGCGGCGAAGCUAUGCCACACCCUUCGGGGCUUGGGGGAAAACAGCGCCAACAUCGCGGAUACCGUCUUCAAGGUGUCUCGAGCCAUGGGCAUUUCUCUCUAUGGCGUUUUUAUCGGCAACACGAUGCUCCUCUCAAGUCGUACAAGGAAGAGCGACCCCACGAAUCUGGCUCUCCUCGGAGUGACAGUAUCGUCUCUCUCCAAGUGCUUCCUCAACAAGGCGAUCUUCGAGUACAUGGUGGAAUCUGCUCGGGCCAAGAAAUAUAGGGUCGACGUUAGGUCACGCUUACAUACUCCUGGUCUUCCCGCGCUGAGGCCAGCUGUGCACCUCCUUUCGUCGCUGCGCUCAGUCCGGGAGGCCAACACCAACAAGAUUUUCGUCAAUGACCACGAUGAGCAAAAACCGACCACCGACUCGGGCACCGCCAUCUCCAUGAUCCCCCCGACCCCCGCCUCCAAGAUGUCGCCGAGGUAGGCAAGCAAUAGGUGAAGGGAGCAAAGGGAGGAUCACUGUACAGCCGCUCAAGAG